GCUGCCUGCGCUGGGCAUGUCUCUGGGGCCGGCGGGGCCCCGGCUCCCUCCGCUCCUCGGCUUAUGGACGGCGGCAGCGGCAGCAGCAGCGCUAGCAAGCAAGCGAGCGAGCAACCUGCACCAGGACUGCGCGGAGGAGUGGGAGCCCGCGAUGCUUUGGCCUCAGUACUUUUCCUUAGCCUGUCUGGCUAACCGGGGCCAUUGCUGCCGCCGCUGCUGCUGCUAGACACACAACACACACCAACAUCAGGAGGGGGAAAAGUAAGGGAGAGAGGAGAAAAAAAAAAAAAAAAUCCCAGGAAGAUGGCGCCCACCAAGCCAAGCUUUCAGCAGGAUCCUUCCAGGCGAGAACGAAUAACUGUCCAGCAUCCUCUGCCCAACCAAUCAGAAUGUAGGAAAAUCUACCGAUAUGACGGAAUCUACUGUGAAUCUACCUACCAGAAUUUACAAGCUUUGAGGAAGGAAAAGUCCCGAGAUGCUGCUCGCUCUCGCCGGGGAAAGGAGAAUUUUGAAUUCUAUGAGUUGGCAAAGUUGUUGCCACUGCCUGCAGCCAUUACCAGCCAGCUUGACAAGGCAUCCAUCAUCCGACUUACAAUUAGCUAUCUGAAAAUGAGGGACUUCGCUAAUCAAGGUGAUCCUCCAUGGAACUUGAGGAUGGAAGGACCUCCACCUAAUACAUCAGUAAAAGUUAUAGGUGCCCAGCGCAGGAGAAGUCCCAGUGCCCUUGCCAUUGAAGUAUUUGAAUCACAUUUGGGAAGUCAUAUUUUACAGUCCCUGGAUGGAUUUGUAUUUGCACUAAAUCAAGAAGGAAAAUUUUUGUACAUUUCAGAAACUGUCUCCAUCUAUUUAGGCCUGUCCCAAGUGGAACUGACAGGCAGCAGUGUGUUUGACUACGUCCACCCAGGAGACCAUGUGGAGAUGGCAGAGCAGCUGGGCAUGAAGCUUCCCCCGGGGCGAGGCCUCCUCUCACAGGGUACAGCAGAGGAUGGAGCCAGCUCAGCAUCCUCAUCUUCCCAGUCCGAGACCCCUGAGCCAGUGGAAUCUACAAACCCCAGUUUGCUAACCACUGACAACACUCUGGAGCGCUCUUUUUUCAUCCGAAUGAAAUCUACACUGACCAAGCGAGGAGUGCACAUCAAAUCAUCAGGAUACAAGGUGAUUCAUAUAACAGGCCGGUUACGUCUGAGAGUAUCGCUGUCGCAUGGACGGACAGUGCCCAGCCAAAUCAUGGGACUUGUUGUCGUUGCUCAUGCCUUGCCACCUCCUACAAUUAAUGAAGUCAGGAUUGACUGCCACAUGUUUGUCACUCGUGUGAAUAUGGACCUCAAUAUCAUUUACUGUGAAAAUAGGAUUAGUGAUUACAUGGAUCUGACCCCUGUAGAUAUUGUAGGAAAGAGAUGUUACCACUUCAUUCAUGCUGAAGACGUGGAAGGCAUUAGACAUAGUCACUUAGACUUGCUGAAUAAAGGUCAGUGUGUAACAAAGUAUUACCGCUGGAUGCAGAAGAACGGAGGAUAUAUCUGGAUACAAUCUAGUGCAACCAUAGCUGUCAACGCCAAGAACGCAAGUGAGAAGAAUAUCAUUUGGGUCAAUUACCUCCUUAGUAACCCAGAGUACAAGGACACUCCAAUGGACAUUGCACAACUUCCUCAUCUGCCAGAGAAAACCUCAGAAUCCUCGGAGACCUCUGACUCUGAAUCAGACUCAAAGGACAACUCAGAGGACAAUGAGAACUCAAAGUCAGAUGAGAAAGGAAACCAGUCAGAAAACAGUGAAGACCCUGAAUCUGACAGGAAAAAGUCAGGAAAUCAGUCAGAUAAUGAAAUGAACUGUAAUGAGGAUGGGAACAGCUCCAGCAACCAGGACAGCAGGGACAGUGAUGACAGCUUUGAAAACUCAGACUUCGAGAAUCAAAAGGCCCCUGAGGACAGUUUUGGCACUCUUGGCUCUAUGCAGAUCAAGGUGGAGCGCUAUGUUGAGAGUGAGUCAGACUUGCGGUUGCAGAACUGUGAAUCACUGACCUCCGACAGUGCCAAGGACUCAGACAGUGCAGGUGAAGUAAAUGCCCAGUCUUCCAGCAAACAUCAGAAGAGGAAGAAGAGGAGAAAAAAGCAAAAGGGAGGCAGCAUGACCCGGAGAAGGCUGUCAAGCACCUCAAGUCCAAAUGGACUUGACUCAGCUUUGGUGGACCAGCCCCAGCUGCUCUCGUCACCAAACAGUGCCUCAGUGCUCAAAAUUAAAACAGAAAUCUCAGAACCUAUCAAUUUUGAUAAUGAUAGCAGUAUUUGGAAUUACCCACCCAACAGGGAAAUCUCAAGGAAUGAAUCACCCUACAGUAUGACCAAGCCCCCCAGCUCCGAGCACUUCCCUUCCCCCCAAGCCAGCAGUAGUUUACAUGUCUCCAUUCCAGACUCUGUUCUCACCCCACCAGGGACUGAAAAUACUGCCAGCCGUAAAACUCAGUUCAGCACCUCAUCCAACUCGGCCUUGGCUCCAGUGUCCUCUGACCCUUUGUCACCCCCACUUUCAGCAUCUCCAAGGGACAAACAUCCAGGAGGUCCCGCAGCGUCCAACUCUUUGUUGUACACUGGGGAUCUGGAAGCCCUUCAGAGGCUACAAGCAGGCAAUGUGGUGCUUCCUUUGGUUCACAGGGUAACAGGAACCCUUGCUGCGACCAGCACUGCUGCUCAGAGGGUCUACACCACUGGCACUAUUCGGUAUGCUCCAGCUGAAGUUACUUUAGCCAUGCAGGGCAACCUCCUCCCCAACACCCACGCUGUUAACUUUGUUGAUGUUAACAGCCCCAGCUUUGGGCUGGAUCCUAAAACACCGAUGGAAAUGCUCUACCACCACGUUCACCGACUCAACAUGUCGGGACCGUUUGGAAGUGCUGUGAGCGGGGCCAGUCUGACCCAAAUGCCUGCAGGGAAUGUGUUCACAACUGCCGAAGGACUUUUUUCCACUCUUCCAUUUCCUGUGUACAGCAAUGGCAUUCACACUACACAGACUCUGGAACGGAAAGAGGAUUGAAAUAUGACCACAUACUGUGUUCAGUGUUAUACUCUGAGGCAUAGACUAUGUUUUAAUUUAGACCUUUAAUUCUAGCACUUUGAAUUUGAGCAGGUCAGCUUAUUAUCUCAAUAUGAUGGUCCCCAUUUCAUUCCCUUUCUCUUUAACUUGACUUAUUCUUUAAUGUAAAGAUAUUUUUUUAUUUUUGCCUUCAGAGAGUCGAAGUACCAGUUGCCUGCCAUUUUGUCUUCUUCUAAGAUGUGUGUUUUUUCCUUUGCAUCUUUAUUAAGAUGCCUUUAAUAUGUGUAUGCCUCUGCCAUAGAAUACUCAGUGUUGUGGUAAAGAGAUUUUAAAGUGACAACCAUUGGUUUUACUUCAAAAUUAUCUUGAUAUGAUCAAGAUUAAAAGAGACAAGCAUAAACAAUGUGCCCUGUUUGACUAAGUCAAAUGAAAAGGGGGUUUUGUUCCUAAUUCCUUUAAAUAGGGGAUAGUAUUUUAGAAUUUUAUGCAGAGUUUAAUUCUCUUUUUAUGGUUAAGAUUUUCUUACUUGCACAUAAAAUAAUUUGGGUUCUUACAAAGUUAAUUUCUGGCCUGUGACUAGAAUGUUAAAAAGUUGGACUAAAUGUUAAUUACAGAAACUUUAACUUAAUUUCUAAAACCAUGGUGCUAUCAUUUAUUAAUCUGUAAUGUCUUCAUACAAUAUGCAGCUUGUGGGCUGGGUUUUUUGGAAAGAAUGUGUUCCGUACUGGUUUAUAGUGGGGUGCUGCAGUCUCCUUGGUUAGUUAAGACAAAAGCCCUCAUUAACAUUUGCUGCAGGACUUAAAAUUUGUUACCUCCAAACUAACAAGCAUAGCCUCACAUCAAAUUUAAAUGGGUCAGGAAGCCUUUUUCAAAAAGAGCUUAAAAACAAAAAACAAUUUAAUUGACGCGAGGAGCAGUUUCUUAGGUGCAUAUUGUUUUGCUUUAUUUUUUUUCUCAGUGUAACUGAGGCUAAUUUUACAACAUCAAAUAACACUUCAGAGUAAAAAAAAAAAAAAAACAAAAACAGAAGAACUAUUUAACAUGUUUUAUUUUGUUUUUCCUUUAAUAUUAUA